CUCCCAAAAUUUCCUCUCUACAAUUCAAUCAAUACCCGCCAAUAAACAAAUAAUACUCUAAAUUUUCUUUAUAUAAAAUAAAAUCCCUUCUCGAUUUCGAGCAAAUUCACCUACUUUCUUCAAAACCCAUUUCUGAAAUUCAAUUUUGGAUAAUCUUGCACAACACCCACUUCAAGAUUUUCUAUUGUUGCUUUUUUUUGUAAAAUAAUUAAUAAAUAAUAAUGGGUAGUAAAUGGAGAAAAGUGAAGAUGGCUUUGGGAAGUAAUUUUUGUGUUUAUGUGCCUACUGAUAAUACAGAGGAUUCGCCACCGCAGUCAGGGAGGUUUUCCGGUGCAGCUUUGUUGUCUCCGGCGUCGGAGCAGUGGAAUUCCGGUGCCUCUGCGGCGGCUCCCAGGCCAUGGUCUCCGGCUUUACGUUUGUCUAAAAGCUUGAGUAGAUCUUCUAAGAAAUGCACAAUAUGUUUAACAUCAAUGAAAAGAGGAGAAGGCCAAGCCAUUUUCACUGCAGAGUGUUCACAUUCUUUCCAUUUUCAUUGCAUUGCUUCAAAUGUUAAACAUGGAAACCAAAUUUGCCCAGUUUGCAGGGCGAAAUGGAAAGAAGUACCAUUACAAGGUUCAGCCGGUUUAGAUAUUCCAUUAGGGGGAACACAAAUUAGCCCCAUAAAUUGGGCACAAGAUAAUCCGGUAAUGACAAUAAUUCGCCCAUUUCCACAACGACAAAACUCCAAUCGUCGUGUCGCAGCCCCUAUAUUUCCGUUAAGUGAGCCUGCUGUCUUCAAUGAUGAUGAAGCAUUGGAUUUACAAAGCUCAACCAAGAAUAUUGAUACAACGGAUGGCUCAUCUUUUAAAAGGUUAUUACUGGAAACAUAUACUGAGGUUCCAGCCGUAUCACGGUUGACUGUUGUUAAUGAUUUUACAGUUAUGGUCCACCUCAAAGCACCCGUUUCUACUUUUGGAGUUAACUCCGGGUCUACAGUCAGCCAGGUUAACCAGAACUCACGAGCCCCAGUUGAUCUUGUAACAGUUCUUGAUAUUAGUGGUUCCAUGGCAGGCACAAAGCUUGCGUUACUUAAACGGGCCAUGGGUUUUGUGAUACAGAAUCUAGGACCGGCUGAUAGACUGGCAGUGAUUGCAUUUUCUUCCACUGCCCGUCGCCUCUUCCCACUCAGGAAAAUGUCGGAUACAGGGAAGCAACACGCCCUCCAAGCUGUCAAUUCGCUGGUAGCAAAUGGUGGAACAAAUAUUGCUGAAGGGUUGAGAAAGAGUGGUAAAGUGAUGGAAGACCGCCGUGAGAAAAACCCUGUUGCUAGUAUAAUUCUAUUAUCGGACGGUCAAGAUACUUAUACUGUGGGCAGCAGUUUGGUUUCAGGCAGUACUCAAAACCGGUCGAAUAAGUCAAACCUGCCAUUGCUUAUUCAUCCAGGGGUCCAAAUUCCGGUUCACGCCUUUGGUUUUGGGGCAGACCAUGAUGCUACGUUGAUGCACUCAAUUUCUGAGGUAUCCAGAGGGACGUUUUCAUUCAUUGAAACGGAAAGUGUGAUUCAAGAUGCGUUUGCUCAAUGCAUCGGCGGACUUCUAAGUGUCGUGGUCAAAGGUCUACAAGUGAUUAUUGAGAGUGCUAACCCGAACAUUCUAUUAAGAUCUUUAAAGGCUGGCAGUUACAAGAAUCAGUUGAUGCCAGAUAGGAAAUCCGGGUGUAUUGAUGUUGGGGAUUUGUAUGCUGAUGAAGAGCGAGAUUUUCUCGUCUCUAUCAACAUCCCAGAGGAGACGGGCUUCACGUUUCUGAAUGAGACAUCAUUAUUGAAGGUUAACUGUUAUUAUACGGAUCCAUUGACAAAAGAAACCGUUAAGUUAGUGAGUGAAAAUGUUACAAUCAAAAGACCAGAAAAUCUUGGAAAAGAAAAUGUUGUUUCCAUUAAAGUUGAUAAACAAAGAAACCGAUUACAAUCGGCAGAGGCCAUGGAACAAGCAAGAAUUGCAGCCGAAGAGGGUGAUUUAACACGAGCUGUUAGUAUCCUCGAGAAUUUCCGGAAGGUCCUCUCUGAAAGUGUAUCUGCUAAAUCAGGAGACCGCCUUUGUAUGGCACUAGAUGCUGAGCUCAAGGAAAUGCAAGACAGAAUGGCUAGCAGGCAUAUGUAUGAGCAUUCAGGAAGAGCUUAUGUGUUAUCGGGUCUAAGCUCACACUCUUGGCAAAGAGCCACGGCUCGUGGAGAUUCAACUGAUGGUGCAAGCCUGGUUCAGGCCUACCAAACUCCAUCAAUGACUGAGAUGUUAACUCGGUCCCAGGCUAAUUUGGUUCAGCCUGCUUGGUCAUCACUUACAUCCGAACCAAGGCCAAGGUGAAGUUUCUCAAGUCUUGUAUCUAGACUUGUAAUUUUUGAUAUGAAAUUAUAUACAUGUAAAGAAAUAAAGUCUUGCAAUUUUACUGGCGUAAUUUGGUGAAAGUGUGAUUAGGGUUCUUGAUUUUGAUUUUUGGGUUCAAAUGUAACUUCUUGGGGGAUGAUGUACAUAAAGCAGAAAUGGCUUUUGGGGUAUAUCAUAUGUAUGUCUUUGUUUGUUGUUAUACUAAGGAUAAUUGGAAACAUUAUUCUUCUACAUCUUUUAGCUGAUAGUACAACAAUUAUAUA